UACAGAAAGCAACAUAGAUUCAUAUCUCAUUUCAGCAGAUCGUAUUCUUUUAGUGUUUGGUGGACCGGCAGUAAACGAUCGUAUUCGUUCAGAAGAUGGUAGCUUAUUUAGUUGAACGUCGUUAUGUGCCAGAAAACUGCACUUCCCAUUCCACAACGGAGCAGGGGAACGAUGACAUUUUAAUCCAGGAGGAACUGAAGGGCAUUGUACACGACUAUGGUUCCAUUUCGACCGGCUUUGCGGCUAAGGACUUCGGCGGCAUGCACGCGGCGAAACCGUUAUGCGUUGUGAGGCCAGCGGAUGCAGAUGACGUGGCGCGGGUUGUCAGGAUUGCGUUGCGGUCACCCUCCCUCACGGUGGCCGCAAGGGGUAACGGCCAUUCCAUCCAAGGACAGGCAAUGGCUCAGGGCGGCGUCGUUGUCGACAUGAAAACCCUGAACGCCGCCUCUGACUUUAACGGAAUAACCGUCUCUCGUCACUGUAGCAAAUACGGAGGCCCGUACGCAGACGUCGGCGGCGGGACCUUGUGGUCCGACGUGCUGAAGCGCUGCGCCUUUGGAUACGGAUUGUCCCCGCGGUCGUGGACGGAUUACCUGGAUUUAACGGUAGGCGGGACGCUGUCAAACGCCGGCGUUAGCGGCCAGGCUUUCCGCUUCGGCCCACAAACGUCAAACGUAACUGAGCUGGAAGUGGUCACCGGUAACGGGGAUAUAACCGUCUGUUCUCACUCCCACAAUUCCCAACUCUUCUUUUCGGUUCUCGGUGGUCUUGGGCAAUUCGGUAUUAUCACCCGCGCACGGGUAUUGCUUCAACCCGCCCCGGAUAUGGUGAGGUGGAUAAGAGUGGUGUACAGUGAGUUCCAUGAGUUCACUCGGGACGCCGAGUCACUGGUGACUCGGGACAGCUCCUUUGACUACGUGGAAGGAUUUGUGUUCGUCAACAGCGAUGAUCCCAACAAUGGCUGGCCAUCCGUGCCAAGGGAUCUAGGUCACCAGUUUGACCCGGCCCGAAAACCCAAGAAUGCCGGUCCCGUUUUGUAUUGCCUUGAGGUGGCCCUAAAUUACCGAAAUGACCACCAUCCUUCCACCGUUGACAUGAUGGUGGAAAUAGUGAUGGGAGAGCUGGGAUAUUGCGAGAAGUUGAGGUGGGAAGCAGAUGUGAGGUACACGGAUUUCUUGAUGCGGGUGAAAAAGUCAGAGAAAGAGGCGAGGGCGAAUGGGAUGUGGGAUGCGCCUCACCCCUGGCUCAACCUCUUUGUCUCCAAAUCCCACAUGGCUCGCUUCGACCGGCUCGUCUUCAAGAAGCUUUUGAAGCAUGGGGUCGGCGGCCCAAUGCUCGUCUAUCCUUUGCUUCGCUCCAAAUGGGAUAGCCGAACUUCGGUGGUACUGCCAGAAGGGGAAAUCUUCUAUCUGGUGGCACUUCUCCGGUUCGUCACUGAUGGCCCGCCGGUUCAACAGUUGUUGGCCCAGAACCAAGAAAUUAUCCAGUGCUGCACAAGAAAUGGGAUCGAAUUCAAGUUAUACCUUCCUCACUACAACACCGAGGAGGAAUGGAGACAACAUUUCGGGAGUCAAUGGUCAAGGUUCGUCGACAGAAAGCUAACUUUUGAUCCAAUGGCCAUUCUUGCUCCUGGACAAAAAAUCUUCACCCGGAGCAAACUACGUACCAUAGCUAGCUAGCUAGUGCUCUCUUUACCCGGAGCACACUUCCCCUCCUUUGCUUUGAUGUUUUUUUUUUGUAUCCCACUUCUUCCCAUGUAAAGAAAUGUAAAACGGGUUUAAAGAAGAUUAACUACUCCGAG